AUGGAGUUUGAAGACAUCAGCUACUCCCGGGAGACAACAAUCGCAGCCGUGGCCGACUUCUACACCUUCCUUACCAAGAUGUAUCUCGAUGAGUCCCAGGUCGCCUACCCGCCGGCCGGGGGCUGGCCCGAGAUUGUCAACGCUGACCCCGCCGUGUUGCGGUCCUUUGGAAAGUCGGAUGAAGUCUUGGCCUUGCUCGCCCGCCUGCCAUACAUCCAGUACCCCUCCGGUCUCUGGGAUCACGCUGCAGAGCCUACCCCUGGCCAUGUCUUCAUCAACUGGCCGGACCUCUUAUCUAUCCGUGACCCUAACGACGAGGACCCUGGUAGAACACUGCGCCUGUACACCGAGGGUGACUUUUACGACAUAUACCCGCCCCAUCGAGCUAGCUACGUCUUCCUACUCGAUACCAAGCUUGGGAUUAUCCACUGGGGAAAUUGUUCCACUCGGAUUGAGAAUGGGGAGUGGACGGUAAACAUGAUCGAUAAGAUCGACGUGGAGGAAGAGGCUCAGGAACGGUCUGAAGAGGAGGCAGACUGGCGCAGCUCCGCACCUGCAUGGGCGAUCCAGGACUUCUUCGAAGUGCUCAAAGACCAGUUCAGGAAACUCCAUUGGGUCCCAAUCAGCCAUUACUCGGUGCGGAACGUGGCAGAGGGCGAGUACCACGGUGAAGACGGUAUGAUGGCGAUGCUUCUGGACAUAUAUCGGCGGCAUGGCUGGCCCGACCUGACGGUCUACCGCAAGGAGGACUGUAUCGUGAAUGUCCUGAAGGCUAUGAAGGAAAAAUACCCCGGGUCUACCUGUUACCGAGAGGGGUAA